UGCAUUUGGUGGUGGUCAAAGCUAUCGACCCACCCCACCCAGAUUCUAAGUCUAUAUCUAUAUCUAUAUCAACACAACCAAACCCCUCUUUUUCCUCCAACCCUCCUCAACUGAUCCCUAGCAAUCCAAUAGUUCUAACUUAGCACCACCGUAUCAUGGCUUGGAGUACGUUAGUCGUGUUGGUAAUCGUACUAGCAGCAACUUUUACAUCGACGGUCAGUGCGAAUUCUGAAGGAGACGCGCUUUACGCCCUUCGCCGGAGCUUAUACGAUCCCGAUAAAGUUCUUCAGAGCUGGGAUCCCAAUCUUGUUAAUCCCUGCACCUGGUUUCACAUCACCUGCAAUCAAGAUAACCACGUUACUCGCGUGGAUCUUGGAAAUUCGAACUUGUCUGGCCAUCUUGUGCCUGAACUAGGAAAACUUGAACAUCUACAAUAUCUGGAGCUUUACAAAAAUACGAUUCAAGGUACAAUUCCUGCAGAGAUCGGUAAUCUGAAGAACCUCAUAAGUUUGGAUCUCUACAACAACAAUAUCUCUGGCAUAAUUCCACCUUCAUUGGGGAAGCUGAAAUCUUUAGUGUUCUUGCGUCUUAAUGAUAAUCAUCUAACUGGAAGUAUCCCCAGGGAACUCAUUGGUAUUUCGAGCUUGAAAGUUGUGGAUGUAUCAAACAAUAACCUCUGUGGAACAAUUCCUACCACCGGUCCAUUUGAACACAUCCCUUUGAACAACUUCGAGAACAAUCCUCGUCUGGAAGGACCAGAGUUGCAGGGACUUGCAAGUUAUGAUACCAACUGCUCUUAAAAAGUAGUGUUGUGCUGCAUUUUAUAAAACUAUCCCAUCUUGAAUUGCAAGACGUCUUGUGAAAAGAUAUAUCUGGUUUGUGAUAUUGUCUGUAAAAUGGUUAUGUUUGCUGUGUCUGUUGUUGUUGUUGUCUUGAAAAAUAUCAACCAAUGGAAGUUAUAACAUAGACAUAUGUGUGACUGAGUUUGAGAUAUAAACCUAGUUUGGCC